AGCUAGUAGGAAACAUAAUAAUGCCAACACAUUAUCAAGGCUUCAUGAUCUCGAAAAUGAAAUAGAAGUAAAGAUAUUAGAUACUGCUCAAGCAAAAGAAGCAAAGAAUGAAAUGAAAGUGGCCCAACAAGAGUUGUUAAGAAGAAGAAUUUAUAAGAAACUAGAUGUAAACAUGAAGACUAGACAGAAAAUUAACCUAGAGUUAUACGAAGUGGUUAAUUUUAUUAGUGAAAUAGAAUCAGAAGAAAAACAGCAAGAAAAAGAAGUACAAGUGUGUAUGGUUAACACUAUCUACCAACCCAGUAUAUCUCCUAUUCCUGAGGUGGCUAUGUCUCAAAAUAGUAGCAAUAAGGAAGGACCAUCUGAUACAGACCAACCAACUGUAUAUCAUCUAGAGUUCAUCACACUUCCUCUUGUUGCUAGCAAUCCCACUGACUUAAUAACUCUACAACAAUGGGUUGCAGAGAGCACUAGAGAAUCAGGGUUAGAUCCGGGAGAAGCAAAAGUAGAAUAUAAAAAUGAAGAAGAAAAAUAUAGUGAACAAUAA